ACUUCACGUUUCCGGAGUUAUCUUCAAACUAUUGCGUAAGAUUCAAAAGGUACGAAGUUCAACACGCGCAACACACGCUUACUUAAACUGUAGAACACUACACAACAACACUUUUUCGAGACAACUUUGACAAGUCUCAGGAUGCCAGCACAAAUUAUCAGCGGGAAAAACAUCUCAGCUCAGCUCAGAGAGAGGCUGAAGAAGGAGGUGGAAGACAUGAGGAGCAUGCACCCCAACUUCAAACCAGGCCUUGUGGUGUUGCAGGUGGGAGACAGAGAUGACUCAAACUUAUACAUAAGUAUGAAACUAAAAGCCGCUGCUGAGAUUGGAAUCAAUGCUGUACAUGUCAAGCUUCCACAGAGCGCUACUGAACAUGAGGUUAUAUGCAGUGUUAAUGAAAUCAAUGAGAAUUCCAGUGUUCAUGGGCUCAUAGUGCAGCUGCCCCUUGACUCCAUCCACACUAUCAAUACAGAGAAGAUUAUCAACACUGUGGCUCCAGAGAAAGAUGUGGAUGGCUUGACGAGUAUAAAUGCAGGAAAACUGGCUCGUGGAGACCUUGGAGACUGCUUUAUUCCAUGUACACCCAAUGGAUGUAUGGAGCUCAUCAAACAAACAGGUGUGUCUUUGGUGGGAAAAAGGGCUGUGGUGAUCGGCCGCAGUAAGAUUGUGGGAGCGCCCAUGCAUGAUCUUCUCCUGUGGAGUCAUGCUACUGUAACAACAUGUCAUUCAAAGACUGCAGACCUGCCCUCAGAGGUGGGAAAGGCAGACAUCCUGGUGGCUGGGAUUGGAAAACCGGAGAUGAUUAGGGGAGAGUGGCUGAAGAAGGGAGCUGUGGUUAUCGACUGUGGUAUUAACACCAUCCCAGACAGCAGUAGACCCAGUGGGAAGAAAAUCGUUGGAGAUGUUCACUAUGAAUCUGCCAAAGAACAUGCUGCGUUCAUCACACCCGUACCUGGAGGAGUCGGCCCAAUGACUGUGGCGAUGCUUAUGCAGAACACAAUUUUGAGUGCCAAAAAAUUCCUACAAGUAAAAGAACCUGGAAAAUGGAAUAUAAAUUACACUAAACUCAGCCUGCAACGUCCUGUUCCGAGUGAUAUUGUUAUAUCUCGCUCCUGUGUAGCGAAACCCAUUGAGCUGCUUAGUAAGGAAAUUGGUCUUUUCCCAGACGAGGUCGAGCUUUUUGGUAAAACCAAGGCCAAGGUCCUCCUGAAAACAAUUGAUCGGCUUCAGGCACAACCAGAUGGGAAAUAUGUGGUUGUAACUGGAAUUACACCGACUCCUCUAGGUGAAGGAAAGAGCACAACUACAAUAGGCUUGGUUCAGGCACUCGGGGCUCAUCUCAAACAUAAUGCAUUUGCAUGUGUACGGCAACCAUCCCAAGGCCCGACGUUUGGCAUCAAAGGUGGCGCUGCUGGAGGGGGCUUCUCUCAAGUUGUUCCUAUGGAAGAGUUUAAUCUUCAUUUGACGGGUGACAUUCAUGCCAUUACUGCAGCCAAUAACUUGGUAGCCGCUGCGAUUGAUGCUCGUAUCUUCCAUGAAGCAACUCAGUCUGAUAAAGCUCUUUUUAACCGCUUGGUACCACUGAACGAAGGUCACAGAAAGUUUUCUCCAGUUCAGAUCAACAGACUUAAAAAACUGGGUGUAGAGAAAAAUGAUCCCAGUGCAUUAACAGACGAAGAGAUAACAAGCUUUGUCAGGCUGGACAUUGACCCUGAGUCUAUCACAUGGCAGCGAGUGCUGGACACAAAUGAUCGUUUCCUGAGGAAAAUCACAAUCGGCCAGUCUUCAACUGAGAAGGGCUAUGCCAGAUCUGCUCAGUUUGACAUCACCGUGGCCAGCGAGAUUAUGGCAGUUUUGGCUCUCACCACCAGUCUCGAGGAUAUGCGACAGAGGCUUGCGAAAAUGGUGGUGGCGACCAGCCGCAGUGGCCAGCCUGUCACCACAGAGGAUUUGGGAGUGUGUGGAGCUCUGACUGUGCUCAUGCGAGAUGCCAUCAAACCCAAUCUCAUGCAGACAUUGGAGGGAAACCCAGUGUUUGUUCAUGCAGGGCCUUUUGCAAACAUCGCACAUGGAAACUCGUCAAUUCUGGCCGAUAAAAUCGCUUUGAAACUAGUUGGGCCUCAGGGAUUUGUGGUCACUGAAGCUGGUUUUGGAGCGGAUAUUGGGAUGGAGAAAUUUUUCAACAUCAAGUGUCGUUAUUCUGGGCUCAAGCCUCACGUUGUGGUUUUGGUGGCUACGGUUCGAGCACUGAAGAUGCAUGGAGGUGGACCGAAGGUCACGGCUGGCAUGCCUUUGCCCAAAGAAUAUAUCGAGGAGAAUCUCACACUGCUGGAAGCAGGCUGUGCUAACAUGAAGAAACAAGUGGAAAAUGCCCAGCUUUUUGGAGUGCCGGUAGUUGUAGCCGUCAAUGCUUUUAAGACUGACACGGAUUCUGAACUAGAUCUGGUUUGUAAACUGGCAAAAGAAGCAGGGGCAUUUGAUGCUGUACGUUGCACUCACUGGGCUGAUGGGGGCGCUGGUGCUGCAGAUCUUGCCAGAGCAGUGGAAAAAGCUGCAGAUUCACCCAGCUGCUUUAAGUUGCUGUAUGAUACUAAGCUACCCAUUGAAGAUAAAAUCAGAAUUAUAGCGCAGAAGAUCUAUGGUGCUGAUGACAUCGAACUCUUACCAGAGGCCCAAAAGAAGGUGGACCUGUACAACAAACAGGGUUUUGGAGAUUUACCUAUCUGCAUGGCAAAAACUCACCUGUCUCUUUCUCAUGAUGCUGAAAGGAAAGGCGUCCCAACUGGAUUUGUUCUUCCCAUCCGUGACAUUCGUGCCAGUGUAGGGGCAGGCUUUCUCUACCCAUUGGUUGGCACAAUGCCAACUAUUCCAGGCCUUCCCACUCGCCCAUGUUUCUAUGACAUUGAUCUUGACCCUGAGAGUGGAAAUGUUGUUGGACUGUUCUAAGAUUCAUUCACACAUGAUUACUUGCAGUGGAUUAAAUGCGUUCAUUUCCUCAUAGAGCAAAGAUUAUAGUUAUAGUUAAUGUUCAACCAUGUUGUUAUAAUUUCUGUUUCAGUUAGUCUCAUGGACUAAAUCAAAUGUCAUUUCUAACAAAAAAGAUUGUCUUUCAUUUUUGAUAUCAAGAUUAAUGUAACUGUAACACAAAAAUUUCUGUGAGGUAUUUGUUAAUAAAACAAAAAAGCACAUUAGUGUGUACAUGAAACAUA